AUGCGGCUGUCCAGGAGCUCGCUGGUCUUGGCCACCAGCCUGCUAGCCUGCAGCUUCUGCAAUGCCGACCAGGUCCUGAUCAGCGAGCAGAGCUUCGGCCAUUCGGGGAGGCUCAGUCUAUCCGAUGGACGCAUUCCACACUUUACCAUCUCCGGCCAGCCGCAGCAGCCCGAGAUCCUGUCCAACAAGAUCAUCCUGACGCCGAUGGCUCCGGGAAACCAGCGGUCGUCGGUCUGGGCGGAUUCUCCCCUCACCCGCUCGACCUGGCUGGCAGACGUGGACUUCCGCGCCAGCGGGCCAGAGCGCGCCGGUGGCAACUUGAACAUAUGGUUCGUCCGGCAGGGCAAGGAGCAGGUCGGGACAAACAGUGUCUACACGGCCGGCAAGUUCGAGGGCUUCGUCCUCGUGGUCGACUCGCACGGUGGCUCCGGCGGCAUGAUUCGCGGCUUCUUGAACGACGGCACCGUCGACUUCGUGUCGCAGCCCAAUGUCGACAAGCGCUCCUUUGGCGGGUGCAACUACUUCUACCGAAACCUCGGUCGGCCCUCUCAGAUCAAGCUGAGCCAAACCCUAUCCACCUUCAAGGUCGAAGUCGACGGCCAUCUGUGCUUCGAAACCACAAAGGUCUCCUUGCCGCCCGGCUACUACUUUGGCCUGACCGCAGCUACCCCCGACCACCCCGACUCGUUCGAAAUCUUCAAAUUCGUCGUCACGUCCGACUCCAUCGUUUCCGGCUCCGGCUCCGGCAACGGCAACGGCAACGGCAACCAGCCCAUCCAGGAAUACCGCUCCAGGCCGCAGCAGCCAGACUCGUCCAACCCAGGGCAGCAGGCCCCCAACGACAACGACUUUGCCAAGCCCAUUCCUGACCAGUCGGCAGACAUCUUCAAGACAUCCAAGGAGCAGUUCCAGGAUCUGCACAAUCGGCUGCAGGUUGUUGCUCACCAAGUCUCCGCCGUCUACGCCGCCGUCUCCAAGCACCAUCAGAUGGACGAGCAGCGCAACGACGAGAUGAAAAAGGCCAUCGACUCGCUGCGCCACGACCUCGCCGCCCUGCGUCAAAUCAGCGACAUCAGCUCCAAGGUCAGGGAGCUCGAGGGCGAGAUGCGCAGCAUGCAUCAAGACAUGAGGCAAAAGAUUGCUUCUCACGGAGAGACCAUCGAGUUCAACCUGCGCAACCACCAUCGCUCGCUGGCCCAAGCCAUGUCCGACAGUGUUCCUGGCCACGGCAAGCUCAUGUUCCUCUUUGUCGGCACGCAAAUCGUCCUCGUCGCGGGUUACAUCACAUACAAGCGCCGCCGAGCCAGCAGCUCAAAGAAGUACUUGUGA